GGUUGCUCAAGGGGACCGAGUGUUUUGUGCAUCACCUAAAGCUGUCCGGCGGAUGUUGUGCCAGAGGGGGGCCUCGUUACAAAAACAAUGGCGAGCGGGAUCGGCAAACACAAGCUACUGAAUGUGGGACCCACAGAGCCCUGGUCAAUCAGGGAGAAAUUGUGCCUGGCCUCAUCUGUUAUGAGGAGCGGAGACCAAAACUGGGUGUCUGUGAGCAGAGCUAUCAAGCCUUUCUCAGAGCCUGGUCGUCCUCCGGACUGGUUCUCUCAGAAGCACUGUGCCUCACAGUACUCUGAGCUGCUCGAAGCCACAGAAGCACCCAAACGGAAGCGUGGGGAGAAGGGCGAGGUGGUGGAGACCAUCGAAGAUGUCAUCGUCCGUAGGCUGACCACUGAAAGGAUCGAGGAACUAAAAAGACUACAGAGAGACACACAGGAGCAGUACAGGAAGCUGAAGAAGGAGGUGGAGCUGAUACAGGCGGGUCACAUGGACUCCCAGCUCAAGGACCUGUGGGCAGAAAUCACGCUAAAGAAGAAACAGGAGGAGGAGGAAGCAGAACAGAAGAGGAAAGCCACUGAGAUGGCGUACCAAGCUCGCCAGGCACUGAAAAACACGCCAAAGCGCCACCCCAGUGUUACUGUACGUUCUCCUCUGGGGGCCAGCCCCCCAACCCACGACUCUCAGGCAGACUCUGCAGUCCCCACGCCGCCCAUGGAUACUGAGGGCGUCUCCUCUGACGACACCACAAUGCACUCAGUAGCUCAGGGGGUCGGGGUGUUUCUACCAGCAGUGGACGCUGCGGGGCCGGGGCCAAAAGAUGGAGGCGUGGCCCCUCUGGUUGACGACUCGCCACAGAAGAGGCUCCUAACGCAGAAAGCCACACCCCCUCCGUCACCUCUGCUAUCAGAGCUUCUGAAGAAGGGAAACCUCAUCUCAGCUAGCCCCCGCCUGGUACCAGAAGGGGACACGCCGAUGAGUUUAACCAACGGAGUACAGACUGCAGCCACAGCCACGGCUUUAGUGUCCAGUCAUGAAGUCUUUACAGAUCUGUAUGUGUUUGCAGAGGGGGAUGCCGACGCUGCGGUGAAGGCAGAACUCGGCGAGGAGACGGGGCUGGCAGAGGAGGAUCUUGUUGCUGUGUCUUACAUGGGGGAUGAGCUGGACCUGGAGACUGUGGGAGAUAUCAUCGCCAUCAUAGAGGAGAAGGUGGAUGACUCGGUUGAGGCGUUGGAUGCCGCUGCUGUGGAGGAGGCUCUGUCUCUCUGUGAGGAAGCAGUGGCAGAAGGCCACACGCUCCCCGGGCCGUGGGAGACCCAGGAGCUGAAGCCGCCAGAACCCACAGUCCAGCACGUCGGCUCCCUUCAGGAAAGUCAGGACGUUUCCGCUUUGCUGACCCCGUCCUCCAGCAGCCUGGAGACACAGAAUCAGCCUGAGGUUAAAAAAGAGGAGCAGUUCAGCGGAAACGGCGAGGGAACAGAGGUGACGGCAAGUGACGUCGCCUCUUUCGCCGCCUCCGACGACGGCGCGGCAGCCGGUGAUGUCACAGAGGAGGGCGCCGCAGUGAAAGAGGCUGCUGAGGCUAUAGUGAAGAGUGAAGGUGAGGAAUGGAGCCAGCCAGACGCCAACCCCCCCUGCCUCGACUCAGAAGACAGCUCUGUGUCUGGGAAAGAGUCCAAGGAGGUGAAGGAGGAGGAGGGAGGGAGUGAGGCUGACCCAGAUGAAGGGAUAGAGCUAAAGGAGGACUGCGGAGAGGGCGAGGGUCCCUACCUGUCCGAGGUGGAGCGGGCCGCCAGCGAGAGCGAAGACGGCUACGGCCCCCCCUCCCAGCGCUACACCAUCGAUUCACUGGCCAGCAGCCCAGCCUCUUCCUCCCAGCUCUCCACAUGCGGAGAGGACCAAGAGGCAGUCCAGGCGCAGAAGAUCUGGAAGAAAGCCAUCAUGUUGGUGUGGAGAGCUGCAGCCAAUCACAGGUAUGCCAGUGUCUUCCUGCAGCCCGUGUCAGAUGAUAUCGCCCCCGGUUACCACAGCAUUGUGCACAGACCCAUGGACCUGUCGGCCAUAAAGAAGAACAUUGAGUCCGGCGUGAUCCGGACCACAGCCGAGUUCCAGCGAGACAUCAUGCUGAUGUUCCAGAACGCCAUCAUGUACAACUCCUCGGACCACGACGUGUACCACAUGGCGCUGGAGAUGCAGCGGGACGUCCUGGAGCACGUCCAGCAGUUCCUGGCCACCCAGCUCAUCAUGCAGACCUCGGAGAGCGCCAUCUCUGCCAAGAGCCUGCGCGGCAGGGAGGGGAACCGGAAACCAGGGGAGGCGGCUGAGAAGGACAGUGUCCCAAUGGCCUCUCCUGCUUUCCUUCUCUCUCUCUUUGAUGGAGGCACCAGGGGUCGCCGUAGCGCCAUGGAGGCUGACCUGAAAAUGAAGAAGUAGACUCCGCCUCUAAGCACCACCAUGCAGCGGUGGAGCUCGUCACCUGCUGGUCGCUCAGGACGCUUCCUGGAAAUGGCCGACGUCUCUCUGGCCCGGUUCUGUCCGUUUAUUAGGCUAACGUGAGAUUAGACCCCAGGGCAGAACACACCAUCGCAUAGUGUCACUUUAACCGGUGAAGGUAGUGAGUAGUCAUUCCCAUUUGAUGAAGCUGAAUGAAAACUUUGGAACGAGGACAUUUUCACCAGCAGCAGUCUGUUUGGGGUCGAUAAUCAAAAGGCAGGAUGACUCCUGCCUGCUGGAUCUGAUCACGCUCAGCGGUUUAUUAUUUUUUGGUAUAUCUGUCCGGCACCAACAUGUGCGCACUCCAAGCUGGCGACGAAGGCAGCGACAAGAAAACCGAUGGCACACAGCACCAGUGAAUCAGUUUGGGUCACGUUGAAGCAUUGUACCCUUGGAUUUUCUCCUCCCUCGUUUUAUUGCCUCUGGUCCGUGGGCCGGCGCGUACAGGAGCAUGUUUUAGGUUGUGAACUUCCACAGAGCCUUUUCCAAAGCAUGAUUUUAUUCAGAGAGGACGUUUUGAUCACAGUUCCCCUUCAGAUUCAACCCGUUAGUCUCUAAGGGACCUUCUUUGACAUUUUACAAACUGAAGGAUUACCUUCAUUUUUCUAUUUCAUAAACCGAGAGGCUUCUUACUGACUUAAGCAAAUCCAAACCUAAAGGGUACUCUGAGCAUUGGACCAAUGUGCUAAAUCAGCUUUGUCUGUUUAACAAGGUGGGCAAAGUUAAAGUUUGUUAAACUGUAUUGUUCAUUUAGGAAGUCCGUCUGUGUGUGGGUGCUCUGUAAACGGCAUUAGAACAUGCUGGUGUUGUGUUAGAUGAGUACAAAGCUGAGUUUUGUACCUGAGAAGGAUUGUGGGUAGCUGAGACAUGAUUCAUGUUUUUGGUGUACAUUUGUUAAAUAAAAGAUUUGAUUUAAA